AUGAUAGAUACAGUACAGAGAGAGGAGAGAGGGAGUAAGGGAGGGAGGGAAGGACGGAGAGAGAGAGAGGGAGGGAGAGAGAGGGGGAGCGAGGUAAGGAGGGAGGGUGAGGGAAGGAGAGGAGAGGGAGGAGAUGAGAGCUGAGGGAGAUUAGGAGUACAAGGAGGGCGACUGGAGGGAGUUGAGGUCUGAGGAGGCGAGAGAGAGACCUGAGAGAGCAUCAUAGAGUCCUUCUUGAGAGAGAGAAGAGAGCCCCUAGAGAGAGAGCGAGAGAGAGAGAGAGAGAGAGAGAGAGAGAGAGAGAGAGAGAGAAGAAAGAGCCGCUAGAAGAGAGAGAGGGGACGAGCGGAGAGAGGAGAUGAGGAGAGAGAGAGAUGGGGAUAGGGAUGUAAAGAGGAGGAAGUGGUAAGAGGGAGGGAGAGGCGAUGUGGCCUUUUGCACACAUCCACCCUGGGCCCAACUGUAGCGGAGCUGUGAGGUUGGAGGUCCGAGCUCUCACUGAUAAAUCAGAAUCACCCUUCGCCAACAACAAUAUUGAUUGUCCUCCGCUGAAAUAGCUCAAAUCAAGAAAUAUUGGACACUGUCUUGGAACCAAGCGCUUGUUCUGAGCCAGGGCCUGUUCACUAGGGAGGAGGGGAGGGAGUGAUGGAAGAAGAGAGAGAAAGAGGCUGAGAGAGGGAAGGAGAAAUUACCAUUGAAUGGGACGGUCCUGGGCUGCGGGGCCAAUAUGAAGUCCCUCUCCAAACAAAGUCUCUCCAUUAAUAUGACUUAUAUCUGCAGUGAGCUCAAUGUGGGUGGGAUCGGAUAUCUAUCCGCCCAGCACCAGCUCCAGCCUCUCUCUCGCCAGCAUUUCUCCUCAUCACUGUUGUUCUUUGUUUAGUUUCAGCGUUGGGUGUAUCACUGAAAUUGAGGCCAAAUUUGUGGCUAAAUGUUGGGACUCAGUCAAAAAUGACAGAGUAUCUGAUCCAUGGACACACAUAUAUACACCAGUAGUCCUGAUCUCUACACCACGCCCAUUCACUCUCAUUCUCUUCUUGUCUUCAGACCAUUUCAUUACUCCCUCAACUCCCUCCACUAUCUCCCCUGCCUCUCCCCUUCUAUCACUUCCUCCCCCCUCCUCUCUCCCUCGCUCUCUGUGAUGGAAUGUGUGUUCCUUGUGGUUGCCUUCUCUUUCCCUCUCAGCGUGGGGACUUUGGGAUUGCGGCAGAGCCGCGUUGCCAUGGCAGCGGGCUAUGUUGCCGAACUGUGUACACCUGGGAUUUGGAGUCUCUCCCUCCUCUCCUCUCCCCAUCUUCAUCUCAGUCUCUCCAUCUCUCUCCUCUUCUCUGCUCUAGUGGAGGCUAUCAGCACCCCGUCUCUCUCUUUCCACGCUCUGAUCCCCCUCUACACCCUCACAUACUCCCCCCCACACACACACCGUUAAUGAGACACAUCCAUGAGAAAAUACACACACAAACCUCAUGCAAACACAUGCACACGUACAUACAAACACUCUGUCUCUGUCCUCCUUUCACUUUCUCUCUAGUUGCCUUUCUCUCUUCCCCCACUGUUCCCAUGUUGUUCAGAUGCAGCAUGGUGGGAUACCAUGGUCCCCAGAGUCCCCUGGCAUACAUCAUGGUCUCCUGUUCACUUUGAAACACAGCACCAGUUUUCACUGGACUGCAUUACAAAUUCUCAUUAUUUGAUUUAAAGUGUAGUAACAUUGACUCUAAUGCUAAAGUAAACAGCAGUGAUUAAUGCAAGGUCAGAUAUCACGCAGCAGCAUUGACCACACACACACGCACAUGCACACACAUACGCAGACACACACACACGUGUAGGCAUGUACAAACACUCAAUGUUCAUAACACAUCUCUGGCCAGAACAGCAAUCAGCAUCUUCUUGACUGAUUUGAAAUGAUGAAUGCCAAUAAAUAAGGCCAACAAAUAAUGAAUGCAUUGUUCUUCCGUGUUAUGUUUUCCUGUCUAUUGAGUUAUUGAUGUCCUAUUUUUCUUUUACCCCUGCAGAUUCUUCUUGAAGUUUUUCCUGAAGUGUAACCAAAAUUGUCUGAAGACAGCAGGGAACCCAAGGGACAUGAGGAGAUUUCAGGUAUGGAGAGUAGGAGAUAGAGAGAGGUGUUUGUGUGUAUGCAUGUAUACCUAUUUGUGUAUGUGUGUGUGCAUGUGAGAGAGGGAGAGAGAGAGAGAGAGAGAGAGAGAGAGAGAGAGAGAGAGAGAGGGAGGGUGGGUGGGUGCAUGCAUGAUGUUGAAAAUAACAAUUGAUGGUUAUCUAAAAUAUAUAUUUUUAAAACAUGAAUUUCUUUCCAAUCUACUUUCACAAAGAGGGUGUUUUGUUGUCCAGGAUCUGCCCAGGUAUAGUUGAGACCACAUUUCUCCAUACCAUAACCUCAAGCACUGGAAUAGAGGGGAAAGUUAAAGGUGAAAGUAAAAAAUCAAUAGAGAAACAAAGAGGGAGAGAUGGAAAGAGAAAGGAAAAGGAGGUAGUGGGGUGGGAGAGACAAGGGGGGAGGCAGGCAGGAAAUAGGCUGAGGUGUUUCAGGAAGUUGUCAAGAAUUGAGUGAUUGGCUCCAGAUGGGGAAGGUCAUGCUCCGUGACCCAGGAAGUGGUCACAGGGGACACUCCCGCUUCACUUCCUCUGCUGUCUUUCAGCACCGUAGCCCCUGUCUGGCAUUCUCUCUCUCUCUCUCUCUCUCUCUCUCUCUCUCUCUCUCUCUCUCUCUCUCUCUCUCUCUCUCUCUCUCUCUCUCUCUCUCGCUCUCGCUCUCGCUCGCUCUCUCUCUCUCGGGUCUCUCUUUCUCACAGCUCUCUCUCUCACUCUCUCAGCUCUGCCUCUCUCUCUCUCUCUCCCUGUUUUCCACCAUGUUUGUUUUAACUCCUGCACUGUGACACAUGCUGAGAAGUUAUGAGCGGGCGGCCGCUCCAAGGCCCUCACCUCCAGGUUAAAAGACGAUCGGAGCUGGACAGGAGCCCGUUGCUGCUGCUUGAUCGAUAAUUUACUGUUAUUUUCCUUCAGAUUCCUUACAUCUCCUAGUCAACCAUCUACAAGAACAUCUGCUUUCUCUCCCUUUCUCUCUCUUCCUUUCUAUGCGUCUGUGCUCCAGUCUCUGCAUAUGCAGCUCUGCAAUACUGAUAAAUCCUUAACACACCACUUUCUUAUGGCAAAGUCUAUUUCAAAAUAUCUAGAGAUGAAUGUCUUUCAGCAUUUCAUAGACCCUACGCAACCACCGCCACCCUGUCCUGCAUGUACACAUAUAGAUAUAUGGACACACUGAAACACAAAGACCCAAGGCAGACACACAAGAACACCCACAUAUUUUGAAUGCAUGUCCUCCAAGGUGAACAUAUGUACUUUGUGGAGAGGAAGGGACAAACACAUGCUGUUGGCCAGAAAUCAAAUUAGGGCCACCGUAUAUCACACUCUAACUCCCAGUAAAAAGAGGAGAUUCAGUCCAUAUGUCUGCUGUCAGUGAGGGAUUAGGCCUGAAACUCCAACCACAGCCUCAGGAGGGGAGAGGAGGGGAGGGAAAGGGAGGGACAGAGAGAGAGGCCACAGAGAGAAGGGCGGUGAUGUAAAAAUAUUAUAUAGUAGGGUUGUCACAUUACCCGUUGAGAAAUAUUCCUAUCAACUGGAUGUUGAAAUUGAUUGUAGCCAAGGGAUUUUUUGUUGUUGCAGGAAACCAAAUCUUACAAAAAGUGACCUAACAUCACUUUAGCUACCCUGAUACACCGUGCGUUGAUAUUUUCCACUUCCCCAUCCUCCCCUGUCUUUCAGGUGGUCCUGUCCAGCACUGUGAGUGUAGACGGACAUGUCUUAGCUGUGUCUGACAACAUGUUUGUCCACAACAACUCCAAACACGGCCGGAGAGCCCGUAGGCUGGAGCCGGGAGAGUCAGUGGAGAACGGCAUGGAAUACGGUAAGACACACACCACUACCUACCCUGAGGUACUGAUGCUUACUGUAGCUUACUCAUGUUAUCCACUUCACUGUGCUAAUGGCUAACCUCAAGGUCUAGGGCUGACCCCCUAAAACAGACACUAAAUACAUUGCCAGGAUGUGGAAUUAGUUAAAUUAAAAUGACAUUAUUGCUCUUCCUCUCCAGCCACCCCCUGUAUCAAAGCCAUCAGUCCCAGUGAGGGCUGGACCACGGGCGGGGCCAUGGUCAUUGUGAUCGGGGAGAACUUCUUUGAUGGACUGCAGGUGGUGUUCGGCAGCAUGCUGGUGUGGAGCGAGGUAGCUAUGUGGCUUUACUGUAACUGUCUCUUUAAAACAACUAAUUAAUGAUACUGUUACUGAUUGAAAACAUAAGGGACAAGGUAGCUAAAGCAUAUGGCUUGUCUCAUUAGCACAGUCAUUUGUUGGCUGCCUGCUACAUGUUGGCAUUAUGAGAGCAAAAUGUGUUAUUCUAUUAGAUACUGUAAACUAUCAAAUAGUCUCGUUUGUUGCUCAUUUUCUGUCUUGUCCCUGUUUCUCUCUCUUUCUCUUAGUUGAUCACGCCCCACGCCAUCCGUGUCCAGACGCCUCCUCGCCACAUCCCAGGGGUCGUGGAGGUCACGCUGUCCUAUAAAUCUAAACAGUUCUGCAAGGGGACACCUGGGCGCUUCAUCUACACAGGUAAACAGACACCUCCUAUUUACCUCACAGCCACACCUACCCUAUCCAGCAGCCAUUCACCAACAACAUAUCAAACAGCACCAUUACAUGGGAUGAGUCAUGACCUAGUGCUGAUGUAUCUGUGUAUGUGUUUAGCGCUGAAUGAGCCCACCAUAGACUAUGGUUUCCAGAGACUUCAAAAGGUCAUUCCUAGACACCCUGGUGACCCUGACAAACUGGCCAAGGUGAGUGAGAACACAUCACACUACACCACACCACACUACACCACACCACACUACACCACACCACACUACACCACACCAGACCACAGCACAGCACACAUGUUGACUUCUGUGAUCACACCUCUCCUUACAGACAGUACACACUAUGUAACAUAAGAGGCUAAUGCAUGUCUCUCUGUCUGUGUUUAGGAGAUGCUACUGAAGAGAGCAGCUGAUCUGGUAGAGGCCUUGUAUGGAAACCCACACAGUAAUCAGGUAACCAGCGAUUUUCAGCAGAGGUGGCACCAAGUCACUAUUAUUCGAGUCACAAGCAAGUCUUAAGUCGAGUCCCAAGUAGAACGGGUCAAGUCUUGAGUCAAGUCCAAGUCGUACAUUCUAAGAGCAAGUCAAGUCACAAGUGUUUUCAAGUAAAGUCUCAAGUCAAGUAAAACAUUCAUCUAAACAUGCAAUAAUCUUUGUCUAUUUAUUGAGGCUACCAUACAGCCCUUUUCAUUCUUUUGUCAACACAUUUUGAUUAUGUCAUUGUAAAAUAGGGACCUUGUAGCAGUCAUAAGGGAAAGGCAGGUUGAGGUGCUCAGAUUGUAGAUUCAUUUACAGGUCUUGGUGAUCCAAUGCUAAAGGGCCAUAUCAUACGAAAUAUACAAGUAGAUUUACCAAAUAUACAAGGCCCAAAAUAAAUAGCUUUUGUAUCAGGCUUAACCCGUCCUAUCUGAACAGACACAGGUAGCGGGACACUACUGCACAGCCUCCCCUUGAGAAACCAAAUCAACUCUGUCUAACAGGAGCUCAAACAGGUACAUAUAAGCACAGCCCCUCCCAGGACCAUACAAUUACCCAAUUGGCAAUUACAACCAAUAAACUGGUUCUACAAUUUAAAAGGCAAUUUCCACAUCCAUUGUUACAUUGGUACAUUCUUCUUAAUCAGACUUAAUGAUUCUUAAUGGUAUUUAAUCACCAUUCAUACAUAGAACAAUAAUUUCCUCUUAUUCAACGUACUGAAUCCAAAGCGUGGGGCGCAGGCCACAAAGCCUAUUUCUAUGCGCACUGAGGUGCGCAUUCUCCUAUUACGCACAACCAGAAUGACAGAGACAUAGGACACAGACACACGGAACUCCGACCUAACCCGAGAAAUAUGAACAAAGGAAAUCAUACAUUUAAUGAAAUAAACAGAACUUCUACCUCUUGAGUCUUGUGAACGUUCAUGUGUACAAUAAACAUCGCAACCAGGCUAAAUUAAAAUGUAUCAUAUGAAACAUGAAACAGAAAUGUCUAAGUGUUGCAAUAAACGGCAUGGUGAUGGAAUGAUGAAACGUUAGUAAUUAUUGUAGGAUUAGAUGGAAUAUACAUUUACCACAUAUGCAUUUAAACGUGUGAAAGCAACAUCAAACAUUUCAACAAGAGAACAAAGUGCUCUCCACUGGAGGGAGUUUGGAGAGCGCAAGUGGAGAGACUAUGGUGCAUCAUCGCCACAGUAAUAAUUACUUUUAACAACAAAUUCCAAAUGCAAGCAUAAGUCAAUUAUAAAUGUCAAGUAAUUUUUAAAUACCAAAAGACCAGCAGGCCUAUGCUAGUAGGCCUAAUUGUUGCUUAAUGCCCCAUUGCUGGUGAGCUUGCAAAGAAAACAGUUAAUAUUCUUGAUCACCAAAUUAUUUUUGGAGCUGCAUAUUUAUUUAUUAUGGCAAUCCUCUCUCCCUACAAUUUGACGUUUGCGCUGCACCCGAUCCUAUAGCUGUACAGCAAAUCAGCAAUCUGUUCACUAGCUCACCCGACCGGUGUUGAUUGACAGUUUUCUGGUCCAAUCAGAGGGCCAAGUGUGCGUUUCACUAGCCAAUCUGUUGCACGUUUUUUAAAGUUUUGCAAGGGCGAUGCUGCGGCUACUGUCUAUGGCUUCUCUGUGUCACAAAAUGAGUGACAAAACGUAAAAACACCUGGUCAGAUAAUAUAAAGUCAUCAGUCUCAAGUAAGAGGGUAGUCCCGAGUCAUGAGGCUCCAAUUCCAAGUCCAGUCUCAAGUCAUCAAAUUUGUGACUGGAGUCAGACUUGACUCCAAGUCAUGUGACUGGAGUUCACAACUCUGCUGUUCUUGUCUCUUUUACUAUUACUCUUAUCAAUAACUACUGUAAAUCUCUGAGGUCUGGCUAACAGUUUGUAUUGUCUGUCUCUUUAGGACAUGUUGCUGAAGCGUGCAGCGGACAUUGCUGAGGCCCUGUACAGUGUUCCCCGUCCCCACAGCCAGCUGCAGGCCAUGCCUAGUUCCCCAGCCCAUGGCAGUGUCAUGGGCCUGGGCUCAUACCCCUCCCAGCUGGGGGUCAGCAUCGGAGAGCCAGGACAAACCAGCCAGGGUGAGCAGUACUAGACUUAAUAUGUGAUUCAUAGUGAUAUUUUCUUCUAGUUGGUGCUAUGAUAUCCCCAGUGGGAAAAUCACUUGUCUUCCUGUCUUUUCCUUUCCUCUGUCUUUUUUGUUCUAACACUUUAUCGGUCUCUCUCUUUGUUUCUCUCUCUCUCUCGCUCCAGGUUAUAUUCGUAACUCCAGCAGUUUGUCCCCGCGGGGAUACCCCUCUGCCUCCACCCCUCAGCAGUCGGGCUAUGGGGGUGGUGGAGGCAUGAGUGGGGGCUAUGGGGCAGUGCCCAUGACUAGUCUGGGGGUGCCAGGGUCCCCUGGUUUCAGCAGUGCCUCCCCCACUGGUUCUCCCUAUGGUAGUGAGUGUGUCUCCUCUUACUCAAUCACUCUGUCCUGUGUUUUCUUCCUGUCCCUGCUACACUAAAACAUUGCCCACCAUUGACAAAGGUUGAUCAGUGCAUAUAUCCUUCUGUUAUAAAAUAACAACUGAUAUUCUCUUUCUCUCCUCCACAGUAAUGCCAUCUAGUCCCACCAUCCCAGGUUCCAGCUCCUCCUCCUCCCUCCUGCCGUUCUCCUCCUUCCCGUCCUCAGCCAAACAGAAGAGCGCCUUCGCUCCUGUCCUCCGGCCCCAGGGCUCCCCCUCUCCUGCCUGCCCCGCCUCAGGAGGCAACAGCUUCAGAGGUAGAACCAAUCUACAAUCUUAGAAACACCCCUUUCUUUGUAAAAAAACAUUUUCCUUUAUAAAAACAAAUCCAUACCCACAUACACAUAGGCUAGGCAAGCAUGAACAUACAGUAUGUCUGACUGUUAUUUUGGUUAUAAUGAUUAUUGCCAUUGUCAAAAAUAAGAUUUUAUCUAAAACAUAUUAGAUUAUUACUAUUCUCUUUCUCUAUAGCGAUGACCGGCCUGGUAGUUCCCCCGAUGUAGCAGCACUCCACCAACUCCCAUCCACCACCUACAAACCAGACGAGACCAGACCACUGCUCCAACACUGCUACCCCCCUGCAGGCACUGACAGGACAGGGAUGAUGAUGGAACACACACUGAUUUCUCAACCCCCCACAACUAUCCUCACUGAUGCCCUGCCACUAGUUGAGUCCAUGUUUCAUUCAUUUGGAUGAAAAGGAUGGGACAGAAAGAGUCCAAAGACCAGGCCAGUCACUCCAGAUGCAGACAGAAGACCUCUUCAUCUGCAGUAGCUGCAAAGACAUGAGACUUUCUUGGGCCACACCACAACACAGUGGAGCUCUAUGGGGUGCACUAUGGGUGUCUCUGCAUUUUGAAAGGAAAGCAGAAUUCAGCAUCAAGAUGUCUUCACGAGCUUCAAAAGCACUCACACCACCCAAUGCUACAGCCGUAUGCAGGAUUUGGUUCUUCCAACAACACCUACCCCAAACUGAUCAACCUCUUGGCUAGCGGAGGUGUGCUAGAAGAAUAUGUCUGUUGAUGAUUUGUUGUUAGAGCACUGAACUGAAUGGACAAUGGACAACUCUGAUACUAUGUGCUGAAACUCUAUGAACCAGGGUGAUAUUUGUCUCUAAGGACACUGUCAAAGGCAUGUGACGACUCCAAGGUUUUUGUAGUAGACUUUUUGAAGGUGAUUUACAUUCCAGAAUGAUAGACCCUUUAUUUUUUGUUAUGAUCUCCACGAUUUUACAAGGGCAAAUUCUUUGUCCUCCAGGGUUGGUAAUAAAAAAGUAAUUCAUAUAUUGAUUUAUUUAAGAAGAAAAAAACAAGCAAUUUAACUUAUUAUUACAGUUAGUUUAGG